GUCUUUUUUUUUAAUGUGGAAGACACAAAGUCCUUAACUCACGUUCGAGCACCUUUCCGCCAUGAUAAAGUCUCUGAGUACAUCGUCUGAAGGCUCGCUCCCUCCGCCGGACGACGACUGCGCGGACUCGGUCUGCUCCGACGAGCUGCUCGGCUCUCAGUCCCGCAGCUGGCUCGCGGACCUCUUGACGGGGGGAGAUGGGCGGAAGGAGAGCGCGGAUGUCGACUCGCUCGGCCGGGACGGGCUGUUCGUGGACCACCACUUUCCCGUGGGGGAGCUGGAGAUGCAGGCCGGGGUCAAGUGGAAACGACCGACGGAGCUCUGUUCGGCCCCUCAGUUCAUCGUGAACGGAGCCACGCGCUUGGACGUGUGCCAGGGAGCGCUCAAUGAUUGCUGGUUGCUGUCCGCCAUCGCAUCCCUCUCCGUGUACCGCUCCCUGCUCAAUAAAGUCAUGCCUCUGGGACAAAGCUUCGAAGACGGCUACAAGGGUUGUUUCACCUUCCGGUUCUGGCAGUACGGUCAGUGGGAGGAGGUGAAGAUAGACGACUUGUUGCCAACUCGGGACAACCAACUGAUAUACCUCAGCUCCCCAGAGAGAGAUGAGUUCUGGAGCUCCCUCCUGGAGAAGGCCUACGCCAAGCUGAAGGGUGGCUACAGAGCUCUGGACAUGGGCUUCCCUCACGAGGCGAUGGUGGAUAUGACCGGCGGGGUGACUGAGGUUUUGAAUAUCUCCUUGCUGCCCCAAGACCUUCCGGCAUUUCUCAGACAUCUGCUGGCUAAAGGGGCACUCAUCAACUGUGCCAACUGCCAGGGUCCUUUGGAGCAAAGAAAUGGACUGGGAAUCAUGUUCAGACACGCAUACUCUCUGACUGCAGUGGAACAGGUGAAGACGGCACACGGCACCAAGGAUUUGGUACGGAUCCUCAACCCUUGGGGCAACACAGAGUGGGAGGGGCCCUGGAGUGACAUGAAAGGCCCAGAGUGGAAUGCGGUGAGCGAGGAGGAGCAGAAAAGACUGGGAAGAGUGAAGCGUGAGGACGGGGAGUUCUGGAUGUCGGUGUCCGACUUCCGGCAGCACUUUGAGACGAUGGAGGUGUGCCACCUGACUAACUCUCUCAGCGAAGGAGGAUCCAGCGUGCUGCCAUGGUGCUGCGUAAUGCACCAUGGGAGCUGGGUGCCAAGCAUCUCGGCAGGAGGCUCCGCCCAGGGAGGUUUUUUCUGGCAGAACCCUCAGUACUACUUCACCUUGUCGGAGGUGGACAGCGGCAUGUACAACUCUCACAAGACCUGCUCCUUCGUUUUGGCUCUGAUGCAGAAACACCAGAGGCGUAGAGGCGUUAACCUGGCUAUAGCCCUGCAUAUUUUCCCGGCCCAUCCUAAGAACACCUACCUGUCCCCCGAGGACCUGAGAGGGUUCCGCCCGGUCCUCUGCAGCCUCAACUACUCCGUGCGGCGGGAGGUGGUCCUCCGCGGUUCGCUCCCGCCGGGCCACUACAUCAUCGUCCCUUCAGCCGCCGAGCCCAAUCAGGCGGGAGAGUUCCUCCUCCGGGUGCUGAGUGAGCAGGGCAACGCCGCUACUCCAGCCCGCAAACCACCAAUCGACAUCCCUUCUUCAACACAGCUUUCCUUUCCUCACGAGGCUGCUCUUCCUUCAACUACAUCUACCGAACAGCUGUUCAAAAAGCACUCCAACAAGGGAUUUUGCAAACCAGUUCACCUCCUCAACCUGUUGACCGAGGCCCUGGAGGGAGGAGUUUUGGCCGGCAGUGAGAAGUACUUGGCCCUGGAGCACUGCAAGAGCCUGGUGGUCCUCACGGACAGCCAAGGCAACGCUCGCCUGAACUGGCCGGACUUCAAGUGUCUGUGGGACAAAAUCAGGAAGUGGACGGAUAUCUUCCUGAUGUUUGACAAGAACAAAACAAAGCACCUGGAGUACAAAGAGGUGGCCCCCGCUCUGGAGAAAGCAGGCAUCCUGGUGGACGAUUUGAUAAUGCAGCUGGUUGGACUGAGGUACACGGAGCCAGACCUGACCAUCAGUUACCCCGGUUUCCUGUUCCUGCUGAUGAAGCUGGAGAGCAUGACCCACAAAUUCCAAGCGCACGACAUAACGGGUAUGGGAAGCAUCACUGUGAACUACACACAGUGGCUCCAAAUGACCAUGUACAACUGACCUGGUCAAAUCAGACGGCUUCAUCGGAAUCGGCUCCUAUAAUGAAGGAAACUACGAUGUUUCCUCACAUUCACCCUGCCAAUUACCAGCGGUGUAAAAAAAACUUUAUAGUAUAUUUUAGUUUUUCAUUUGGGUUCAUUCCUGACAUUUGGGGCUUUUUGCUUCCAUAACAUUUCCUAUUUCAAACAGCUGGAAAUAAAACAUCUAAAAUAUAUAUUCCGGUGUUUUAUUAUAUUACUCUGUGUAUCUCAAUCUCUCCUAAAUCAACCAAAAACAAAGCAAACAUUUUAAAACAUUUUUUAAACACUGCAGAUGUUGCCUGUUGAUAAUACAAGUUAAUUUCUUUCAACUAUCCUUCUGCUGUGUCUCCUUUAUGACCCAUUAUUGUGUUUGUUAGUUUCAUGCCAACAAGUCUAUUAGCUAAUUAAUGGUUACAUAGACUCAUCAUUUCACUGUCCUCAACUAUGCAUUUCUUUUUUCUUUUGAUGGCGUAAAGCAGUGAAGUGUUAACUUGAAUACAAAU